UCUUUGUUGUGGCAACAGCUUUAAAAAUGACAGAUGGAGAGCAGGCGAUACAAUGAAAAAAGCAUCUAUUUGUAAAGGUAAUAAGAAAACACAACCAAUCAAGCAAUUCAAUAUGAAACUUAGUCAAGGGGAUGAUAAAAAUAAGCCUCACUGUGCAUUGGAUUCAGACUGUGUGGUGGAAUCACAAGCUGAAUAUAUUGAAAAUUUGCAACAGCAAAUAUUUGUUUUAGAAAAUGAAGUUGCCUAUUUAAGAACAUAUUUGCAAGAAAACAGCAAACAACAUCCAUCCAUGGUUGCUGAAGGUGAAAGAAUGGUUAAGAAACUUACAGAUUCUCAUAAUGAAAUUAAGAAUAUGAAGAUAGAAAUUAAACGAAAACAAACCACUAUUGAUUUAUUAAGAUCUGAAAAGGAUAGAAGUCAAAAAAAUUUUGAAGAAUUAGAAGAAAGAUUUAGGAAAGAGAAAUGCAAACUUCUUGAAGAUUUGGUCUCAUUGCAAAAAGAAAGAGAUUCAUUGCAUGAAUCAAACAUUAAAAUUGAAGCAUCUCUUCAAGAAGUUAAUCAAGAACACCAGGCUUUACAAGAAGAUUAUGAUAACCUUGAAAUUAAAAUUCAACAAACUGAAAGAGAACAACUUCAUGAUAAAGAAAUUCUUCAAGAGCUUAUGGAAACUAAAGAAAAACUCCAAAAAAAUUUGUUUGAAGCUAAAAUGAUUAUUGAAGCUAAAUCUUCCACAGAAAGUAAUGGAGCUUUAAAAGAACUUAAGACUAAAAUCGAGGAGUUAUAUGAAGAGAUUGAAACAUUAAAACGAUCGCGUGAUCAUGAACACUUGCUUCGAGAGCGGUUGUCUCAAGAUAACUUGGAACUUAUAAAGAGACAUUCUGAUAUUGAAUCGGAAUUAGCGGAAGCUAAAGCACAAUUAAGAGAAGAACAAAGUAAGCUUGCAUCCUUAGAGCAAGUUCAUUUGAAUACUAUCCUUGAAGCAUCAGAAACAAAAGGACGAGAACAAUCUCUAAAAGACGAAAUAGAACAUUUAAAUCAACUUCUGAAAGAAGAAAAGGACCAUUCUUAUUCAUUGGCUCAUCAGCUUGCGGAUGAAAAGCGUUUCAAGGGUCGAGAAGAAGAAAAGAGUUUUCACCUUCAACAACGUUUUGAUCAGAGAGAAGAAAAUAUGAAGAUGCUGAAGACUGAAAAUAUAGUUCUUACAAGAGAUAACACUUACCUUAAAGAUGAAGUUCUUCAUUUUAAGCAACAGCUGCAAGCUAAAGAUCAAGAAGUUCUUAAUUUAAAGCAUAAAGUUCAGGAAAUGCAAAUUUCAGUGGAAGAAUUUAUUCAAAGCAGUCAAGCAGCAACCCGUCUUGCAGGCGAAAGAUGGAAACAACUGGGUCAACUGGCGCAAAGUAUACAAGCUCUUACCUGCAUGGAAGAUUAACUUUAUCAAAAUGUUAUUGAAUCUUGGAAGAUCUUAAUUGUUUUUCAUAGUUACAUAUUUGUAUUCGAAUUAAACAGGAGUUAGCAUUGUUCUUAAAACAUUAUGGAUUGUUAUGCAUUUAAGUAAAACGAGCUUUUUAUUAUUGAACAAAUUUAUAUAUAGCUUUGUUGAUGGAUAACAAAUUUAAAAUAUUAGGUUAUACUGUUUAUUAAAAUGUCUUCUUGAAAACUUGCUGUUAAAAUAAUUUUUAUAAUAUGUUAUUUGAAAUAAUUGGAUGUUUUA